AUGAAAGCAUUUACUUUAUGUUUAAAGAUUUUUACAUUUCUUAUUUUAACUUGGAUAUUUCAUUGCUUUUACAACUAUGAUUCCUGUAGGUCCUUUAUUGAUAAAGAUACAUUACUAAUAAAUAACAAGUUAAAAGAUAAAAGAUUAUUAGCUGAGGGUAAUAUAUUGGAGAAAAAUCAAACACAUAUUAUAGAACGUAAAGAACAUUAUCAAUAUGGUGAAAAAGAUAACAAGAAUGAAAAGCUGAUUAAUUUGAAGAACAUGUAUAGUGUGUAUUAUAGUGCUAUUUAUCUAUUAAUGUGUGAACUGUUUUUUAUAGAAACAAAUGAAAUUUGUAGUAAAUGUAAAGAACAAAUGUUGAGUUUUUAUAGGAGCAAUAAUUCAUAUACGAAGUAUCUUGAGCCACUUUAA